CCAGAAUCAGCGUUAACGAAAAUAAAUAAACAAAUAAAAAUAAACAAGUCAUUAGCACUUCCUUCUCUCGGCGGUACGGAGUCUGCGUGUAAGGAACAGAUUUGCAAAUAACAUGGAUAGGCUGAGUACGGGCUGCGUCGGGGUACAUUUCACGUUCAGAUCGUUUGGAGAGCGACGCAAAGAGUGACAGUUUGUUGACUGGGCUAUGUGUCACGGGAUAGUACUGUGACACACUGUUUUUUUUUUUUGUUUGUUUGUUGACUUCCAGUUCUCCUUUGACGAAGUAUUGAUUUAAGACGAGACGAAGUAAACAUUUGAGCUGUAAAUAUCAUCUGAGUUAAUGGAGUUAACUGAAAACCGCCGGGACGCGUUACAAUAAUUAAAGGGUGUGAGCUAAUCAAGAGGAGCCUAAGCCAUUAAGUUGUUUGAGAAUGGCUAACAGCAGGGAUGCCAGCGAGAGCACCCCUCUUCUGGACUCAGACUCCGGGAUCAGACCUCCAGCACCGUCAGUUUUCCAGGGGAGAAGACUGGCUUGUGCAGCCAUCCUGCUGGCUGAGUCUCUGGAGAGGAUUGCAUUCUACGGCAUCACAUCCAACCUUGUCCUUUUCCUCAACAGUAAUCCUUUUUAUUGGGAGGGCACUCAGGCGAGUCAGACACCCCUGAUGUUCAUGGGAGUUACUUACCUGAUUUCACCCUUUGGAGGCUGGUUGGCAGACGCAUACCUUGGGAAAUUCUGGACAAUUUCUUUGAGUUUGAUCCUAUACUUUAUGGGUAUGCUGUUCUUCCCCUUCGUUUCGAAGGAAGACACCAGGACACAACUGUGUGGGGAACAGAUGGCGUUUCCUGUGCAACCUGCUGAGUGUCUGAGCACAAACAGCACCCCUCCGAGCAAUGUGACCUGCCCCAUCCGUGCCCCGUACUGUGGCCCAGUCAUUUACACUGGGCUUUUUUUAAUUGCAUUAGGUGUGGGUACUGUGAAGUCCAACAUCACUCCCUUUGGGGCAGAUCAGGUCAAAGACAGAGGACCAGAGGCCACGCGCAGGUUCUUCAACUGGUUCUACUGGUGCAUCAACUUGGGAGCCAUCCUGUCUCUGGGAGGCGUGGCCUACAUCCAGCAAAACAUCAGCUUUGUGCUGGGCUACAUCAUCCCCACCGUGUGCCUCGGGAUCUCUUUCCUGGUCUUCCUCCUGGGCCGCACCGUCUUCAUCACCAAGCCAGCUGAUGGCAGCGCCUUCACGGAUAUGUUCAAGAUCCUGGUCUUCGCCUGCUGCUCCCAGAAACCGAAGGAGCCUGACCUGCUGCGAAACAACAAGCCAACGCUGCUGGACAGUGCCAAAGUGACCUAUGGAGGAAAAUUUCCUGAAGAGAAAGUAGAUGAGGUGAAAUCCCUGGUAAAAGUCCUCCCAGUUUUCUUCGCCCUCAUCCCUUACUGGACCGUGUACUUCCAGAUGCAGACAACCUACAUCCUGCAGAGCCUCCAUCUGAGGAUUCCUGAUAGCGCCUCGAACGACACUGCUGACUCCCACCAGAUGACGUUCCGCUUCCCGGCUGCCUGGCUCACCAUGUUUGACGCGGUGCUCAUCCUCAUGCUGAUUCCCCUUAAGGACAAAGUGGUGGACCCCAUCCUGAAACGCCGUGGCCUGCUGCCUUCUUCUCUGAAGAGGAUUGCAGUGGGGAUGUUCUUUGUCAUGUGUUCGGCCGUGGCGGCGGGUAUUUUGGAGACCAAACGGCUGGAGAUCGUCAAAUCAAAAGGCACCAUCAACCAGGUGCUGGGCCACGUUAUCUACUACGCCGCAGAUUUGCCCAUAUGGUGGCAAGUGCCUCAGUACGUGCUGAUAGGAAUCAGCGAAAUCUUUGCCAGCAUUGCAGGUCUGGAGUUCGCCUACUCUGCAGCCCCCAAGUCCAUGCAGAGCGCCAUCAUGGGGCUCUUCUUUUUCUUCUCUGGGAUUGGCUCCUUUGUGGGCUCUGGUUUGCUGGCCAUCGUCUCCCUCAAGGAGAUUGGCUGGAUGUCGUCCCACAAAGACUUUGGUAAUAUCAAUGACUGCUCCCUGCACUACUACUUCUUCCUCCUCGCAGGGAUCCAGGGCAUCACCUUGCUGGUCUUCCUCAUCGUUUCUGUCAAGUAUGACAAGCAGAAAGGCAGAGCAGGAAGCCAAAGGCAGAGAAACACUUCCUUCUGAUGCCCACGCCGGCCUUUUCCACUCAUGUCGCUCAGUGCCCAAAGACCUUGUCAGAUACGUACUCAACGUCUGGUUUACCUUUUUCAUGAAAAAGUCACAAACGAUCCUGUCAAGAAGAUAUUUUUCUUAUUUAUGUUCAUUUUAGCUUUUAAGUGAGGACUCUUGAUGCUUUUUUCCAUAAGAAUAAUGGUUUUACAUCACUGCACGAAUGCACACUGAAAGUCUAGGACGACGAAGGCAGGAGCCAUGUUUGAAUCGUUCACUGUUGCCUUUCUUUGAUCAUUUGCACUUGACCCGAGGAGGGCUGCCAUAAAAAAUAUCUCAGUACUUUCUGAUCACGUAGGUUGUUUUUAAAGUCUGUUGUGUUUUCUUUGUGUUUUCUAACAAAGAUGUGUUUCUGGACAAACAGUUUUACUGGCCCUGGUAUGAUACGUCAGUAUUCAGUCAAACUGCCCGUUAAAUGGUUUCUACAUUUUGAGCCACGCUCUAAAAUUGGGGUUGUAUUUGUUAGGGGUGUAACAGUACUGAAAAAUCACGUUACGGUACGUCUGUUUUAAAGUCACAUGAAGGAACUCAGAGUUUAAAUGAAGUUCUGCACACAAAAGUUCCUCACGCUGCAUUCGCUCGGUACACAUGCCAACUGAAAAACGAUACGGAAAAAUGAGUGGUACAAAUGUAGCAGCUACAGCGCUGUUUGUCCACUAAAUGUACUUGAAUGUUUGCAUUAUUUCUUUAUUAUAAUUAGCAGUGUUGGGCUUCAGAUAUCUAUGCACUAACAUAGUGGUGAUCACAUCGAAUGGGCCAUGUGUUACAGGCUUUCUGUUUGAGGAGAUCCUGAAAAAACUCAUAAACCCAAACUAAUUUGAUACUCAGAUCUGAUAUUGAUAUUGAUACUUUCCACUGCCUGUGAUUACAUGCUGUAAAUCCUCAUGAACCCUCACACAGCACCGUACACAGAUAAUGUGACUCCUCUGAAGCAUCACAGCAGUUUUCGUUUGUCUGCUUCACAGCUUUGUGAAGCAGACAAACAAACAAGCUGAUUACAAACUAACAUUAAAGGUCCAGAGUGUAGCAUGUGAAACAAUCACCUGAAACUGAGAAGUGUUUUCGUUACUUUAAAGUGGGACUCCUAACCCUACAGAGGGAGCGGGUCCUCUCCCACGCAGUCCGCCAAGCUUCUACAGAGGCCCAGAGCGGACAAACAAAACACCGGCUC